AUGUCCACAGAAACAACAAAUGCUAACAAUAAAAAAAGAAUUGGUUUAGGUCAAUUAACAAGUAUUAAUAAUAAAACCGUUAAUUUUGAAAAAUGCAAAGGUUUAAUAGAAAAAGCAGCCAACUCUAAAGUAGAUUUAUUUUGUUUACCAGAAUGCUUUGCGUUUAUUGGCGGUGGUGUGGAUCCAAUGGAUUCGAGAAAUAAUGCAGAGUACAUUGAUCAACCAGAUGGAACUAUUGAAAAGUUUAGAGAUUUAGCAAAAAAACAUAGUAUGUGGCUUUCUUUAGGUGGAUUUCAUGAAAAAAUUUUAGAAGAGCCAGAUCAAAUUUAUAAUACUCAUUUAAUUAUAGACUCAAGUGGUGAAAUUGUAGUAAAGUAUCAUAAAAUGCAUUUAUUUGACGUUGAUAUACCAUCAAAGGGUGUAUCUAUGAAUGAAAGUAAAGUAGUUAAAAGUGGUGAUGAAAUUAUGGUUUGUAAGUCACCAGUUGGAAAUUUAGGUAUCUCAAUUUGUUACGAUGUUAGGUUUCCCGAAUUUUAUUUAACUCUAAGACAAAUGGGUGCUGAAAUUAUACUGGUACCAUCCGCUUUUACCUAUACCACUGGUAAAGCCCAUUGGUCAACUCUUUUAAGAGCCAGGGCUAUUGAAAAUCAAUGUUAUGUUGUCGCUGCUGCUCAAACCGGUAAUCAUCAUCCAAAAAGAAAAUCCUAUGGCCACAGUUUAAUAGUUGACCCUUGGGGUGAAGUUUUGUGUGAAAUCGAUGAAAAUGUUACCGAUGAAAUAGCUUAUUGCGAUAUUGAUUUGAACUUUUUAAAUGAAAUCCGUGAAAAUCUGCCAGUUUAUAGUCAUAAAAAAUAUGAUUGCUACAAUAUAAAUAAAAAAAAAUAA